AACAAAAAAGAUCAAGAGUUGAAAUUUCUUUGUCCCGGGCUAAAUACUGAACUUCGGGCAAAAGAGAUUUGGCCUGUCACAUUCGGUAAACGUAACGAUGUUCGCCAAAAAGGUUUGUUCGACAACUAUUUGAAAGCUUAUCCUGUCUCAACCGCAUUUAACGGAUUGAUGAUCUCAAUGGAGUUUCGAGCUAUGUAUCCUUAUGCACCUGAUUUUGAAAAGCAGCUUACAAGUCUUCGAGUGAAAGUGUUGGCUCGUUAUCACGAUUUAUUUAACAACAUAAAAGAUGAAUUCCUACGUGCCCUUUUCAUUAUUCGUCAAAAAUGUCCCAGUCCAGGUACUAAGCGAGCUCGUGAUGCUAAUCUGUCAAAAGUGAAUCUCUUGAAUGGAAUAAUAGAAUGGAUUACGCCUGAAGACGCGUUUCCUACGAAAAGCGAUUUUCCAGUAUUAUACGUGAAAGGAGAAAGUAAUGAGGAACAGUCAAGUGCAGCUCUUGUAUGGAAAGAAAAUAUCAUUCCGUUGGAACCGAAUAUGCAGCAUUGUUUCCGCAUUUUAUGUGAAUCAUUAUUAGUGUUUAACACUUUUUGUCAUCCGGUAAACAAACAGUUCUUCAUUUUUAUGUGUUAUGCUUUGCUCGGUGUCGGAAAUCUGACAACAACCGGUGAAAGAUUGAUGCAAAAUAUCCAGUAACCCUGACUUAUUUUAAUAUUUCUCUA